AAAACGUGCUGUAAGAGUUGGUACCUUAUGCUUGAUAAUGUUGUACCACAACCGUAAUUCAACCCGGCUUUACAUUCCAAGAUCCGAUAGUAUAAUUGAUGAUCCUUUGUUCACAACAAAGCAGUAGAUAGUUGGCAGCUAAGAAAUUGAAAUUCCAUGAGAAACCCGAAUUCGUGGACGUACAAGGAUAAGCUAGUAGCUGAACUUUCCGGACAUGGUUUCGUAGACGAAGACGCAGACUAUGAAUCUGAUGAUUCUCUCUUCGAGGCAGUUCAGCCCAAACGCAAACCUACCAGAGUCGGCAUCAAUAAUAGAAGUUUUGCUGACCAAGUGGAUUUGAUAUCUGAGAUUGAUCAAAAGAUCAAGGAACAUUUUCAUAAUUUGCUACAUGCGGUGGAAAGCCUCAGUGCACGAGCAACUCAGUUAGAGAGUAGAAUGCAUCAAGUGGAGAAUUUUGUUGAUUAUUUGAAGGAAUCAAUCGCAUAUAGUCAUGGUAGGACUGAUGGAAAGCUUAGGGAGGCAGAAAAUAUUCUGAGAGAGGUUCAAGGUUGUAUCAAGGAUUUGAGAGAUAAACAAGAGAUAGCAGAGGCUCAAGUGCAGCUUGCAAAGCUUCAGUUGCCCAAGAGUGACACGCAGUCGAAAAAGCGGGGCACUACUGCUCAAACCGUUUCUAUUCAAGAAGCAUCGUCAUUUGUCCCUCAAACCGUUUCAAAUCAAGAAGCAUCGUCAUUUGUCCCUCAACAAUCCCACCAGUUGCUUCCGAAUCAAGUUGCUUGUUCACAACAGCAUGCUUCUCUCCCUUCUAAUAUUUCUCAGAACCUACAUAAUCAAAGUCCUCAACAAUCUCCUGUAGCAACAGCUCCACAGCUUCUUAACCAAAUACCCCAGAAUGUCGUCCCCUCCAUUUCACAACCUCAAUCGUACAACCCCUCAACUGUGCUGACUCAAGAAACCACACAUCAGAAUUACCAUAUGCCUUUUAUGCAGCAGUCACAACCACCACCUUCAACAUUGUAUCAACCUAGUCAGUCAACACCUCCAGCAUCCGCACAUCAGCAGUACCUUGUAACUUCAAGUCAGCAGUCACAGCCACCAGCUCCAGGAUUGUACCAACCUAAUCAGUCAACACCUCCAACAACCACUCAUCAGCAGUACUUUGUAACUUCAACUCAGCAGUCACAGCUACCAUCUCCAGCACUGCAUCAACCUUAUCAACCUGCACCUCAACUUCCAACAAUCUCACAGUCCACCCAACCGGCUCAAUUUUCAACAAUCUCACAGUCUGUCCAACUGCCUCAACUUCCAACGCCCUCACAGUCAGCCCAACCACCUCAACUGCACUCACCUGUCAAUCCAGUUUAUUAUCAAGCCCAUCUUCCAUUGAGCCAUCAACCUGAAGAAGUUCCUUACCUGUCAUCUCAAAGCAUCCAAAAAUCCUCUCGGCCACCUGGUGGGUUUCCCCCAACUGAGCAGUUUUAUGUUGGUUCUACCCAGCAGAUCCCUGAUCACUCCACAAGCAGGCAUUAUUUGGAGUUACCUUCUGGGUAUUCAAAGCCACCAGAGCAGUCUAAUCCCAUCAAUCUUUUUCCAUAUAAUGAACCUUGUUUUGGCUCCAGCAGUUCAAAUAUGAAACCCUUUCAACGUGCAUCAUCACCUUCAUUCCCAGGUAGUGGAAGCAGUUCCUCACAGUUGCCAACUGCCAAGAUAUUACCACACGCUCUUCCAACUGCCUCUAUCUUGGAUAGUGGAUCUGCUUCCAGUGGGAACACAAACAGUGUUCAAGUUGAUGAUGUUGUCGAGAAGGUUGUUGCGAUGGGAUUCCGGAGAGACUUGGUGAGAGCUACAGUGAGGAACCUGACGGAAAACAGGCAGUCAGUAGACCUCAAUGUGGUGCUGGACAAGCUGAUGAAUAGCAGGCUGUGAUGUCAAGUGAUUUUUCAAUAGCUCAAUUUCGUUAUUUGGAACGUCUGUUGCUGGUGCAUGGCCAUUGGUGUUACAGACGAAUAGCAAUGAUGAUGGUGGUGAUGGUUAUGAUGAUGAUGAUGGUGAUGAUGGUGAUGAAUUUUG